AUUUAAGUGUUUAGUUAAAUGUUUGUGAAAAAUAAAUUUUGGCAAAACAAAGUGUAAACCUUAUUUAAAAUUAGUAUGUAAGGACCUUCCCUUCAUUCUGUACCGCGCAUUCAUAUGGCUUAAUGGCGGUCCAUGAACUAAGUGGGAGUGUUGAUGUAUGGUGGUUUCCUACAUUUUUCUGUCAGUCACGUUUUGGAGAAUACCAAUCAAGUGGAACAAACUCUUGUACAUUAAUAUCUUUACUUGUAGCCAAUAGGGUAGCUAAAAGUUCCGAAUGUGGCUUCGCAGUGACCAAUUCGGAAUUGGCAAAACAUGCCGUUGAUAUAUUCGGUGCUGCAAUAAAUGAAGGAAAUGCUGUUUACAAACGCUCCACCAUUGCUAAUACAAGGACCAGUCAAAAUUUUAAUAUUCCUGAUGCUAUAGCUUUACUUGCUGCUCAACCGGAUUUAGGAUUUUUUAUAGGUGAAUGGUUCUACACACAUCUAUAUGCAAAUCCAAAUGAUAGUUUAUAUGUUACAAAAGCAUCCAGAACUCUUGCCGAUAUCAUAGAAGCUACAAUAGAUGUCUAUAAGAACAAAUGCAAGGCUGCCAACGCUCGCUUUCUCUUCACCGCCCUGAUAGCCGAUAAUAGAACGGUAAUUUUUGUGUUUGAACUACCAGCUAACGUAGUGGCUGUGUUUGACUCACAUCAACAUGGACUGGGAGCGGGAGCUAUUAUAGCUAAAAGCUCAAUAACUAACGUAGUCGAUUUAAUUCGAUGGUAUCUUAAAAUGUUAUUCACUUUAUUCAACAGCAAACCAAAAGUUAUUGAGCUAUCCUUUUUAGCGUCCGAAGCAGACACGCUACCCAAGUUUAAACGACGCUUUUACACAUGUUGAAUAGUUGAAUAGUAUCAAAAACGGAAAUAUUAUAUCAUGAAUGCGUCUAAAAGAAUGUUGGGAAGGGAAAACAUACGUGUGAAAAUUUUAAAUAAAUCAUAUAUUUUUGAAUAAACUACUAUUAAAAAAAUGGAAUUAAAAGUAAAGAAACUAAAUUCAAAGAGACAGCAGAAUUUUAAAAAAAAUUGUUAGGGAUUCCGCUCUUAAGCGUUCACACACUUAAUCCGAAUAUAGUUACGGGAUAAAACAGUUAUUGGAUUUUAUGAAUUCCUUACUUAGAUUUUAAAAAUAAUCUUUAAGUACCACAAGCAGACAACGUUGUUGGAUACGAUACCUGGACUGACUAAUGGUGCCAUCACAUAACAGAUUUAGGCAGCUUGAAGACGCAUUUAAGAGCAGAAUUUGACUAUAAAUGGCAUAGCACUUGUCUAGAGAGCAUCAAGCUUUUCACAACAAAAAAAUAUUAAAUUUAAUAAAAAUUACAAACAUAUAUUUUUUUAUGUA